GAGAGACGAUACGAAGUUAAAGUAUUGCUUCUGAAAACACUUGAAUGUGAACAUUGUGGAAAGAAGUUUAAUCACGAAGAACAUUUGAAAAGUCAUAUGGAGGUACACAAACAAGAGAAACUUUAUGAAUGUGAACAUUGUGGAAAAAAAUUCAAUCAGAAAAGUAACAUGAAAUCGCACAUGACAGUACACACAAAGGAGACCCCAUACGAAUGUGAACAGUGUGGAAAGAAGUUUAGACAAAAGAUGAUUUUGAAAUGCCACAUGAGGAUACAUACUGGAGAAAAACCUUACUUAUGUGAACGUUGUGGAAAGAGUUUUCAUCAAAGUUGUAAUUUAAAAAGUCAUUUAAGGAUGCAUAGAAGAGAGACACCUUAUGAUUGUGAAUAUUGUGGCAAGAAAUGUAUUCAAAGUGGUACUUUUAAAACACAUGUAUUAAGGGCACACACUGAAGAGAUACAUUAUGAAUGUAAACAUUGUAGAGAGAAGUUUAACUGCAAAGAACAUUUGGAAAAUCAUAUGGUGGUACAUACAGGAGAGACACCUUAUUUAUGUGAACAUUGUGGAAAAAUAUUCAGUGAAAGGGAUAGUUUAGAAACACAUAUGAGGGAACACACAGAUGAAACACCUCAUGAAUGUAAACAGUGUGGGUUGAAGUUUAGGACAAGUCGUACUUUAAAGCAUCAUAUGAGGGUACACACAGAAGAGACACCUUAUAAAUGUGGACUUUGCGGAA